AUGGCCAUACCCGAUCCUACGACGACGGCAAAAGCUGAAGCGGACUACUUCCCACCUGAUGUCCCGGUAGCGCAUCUCCACACCAUCAACCUGGGUAAGCUCCAAGCCAACGACGCAGCAGAGGUGCAACAGCUCUUCGAGGCGAGUCGGACGACGGGCGUAUUCUACCUCGAUCUGCGCUCGGGAGAGUCAGAUAUUCUUCCGGUCCUGGAGGACAUUGGCUUGGUGUCGAAGGACCUUUUCGAGCUACCGCUUGAGGAAAAAUGCGCUUACGACGUUGAUAAGCUGACGAGUCAGAAGUGUAACGGAUACAAGCCUAUAGGGCGGAACUACGGUGGACUCGCGCGGCAACGCGAUGGAUUUGAGACCUAUGUGAUCCCUAAAAAUGGCAUCCUAGGUCUAAAGAACCAAGCCGAUUUUCCCCGUCCCCCGGUUAUCAACGCGGCACUCCCAACCCUGCGCGCCCUCACAACCGCCGUCAACAGUGCAACGCAGACCAUAACUCACCAUCUCUCGCAAGCCCUUGCCCUACCCCCAGCCCACAACCUCAAGCACAAGCACGAAAUAACCAUGCCUUCCCCGGAUAUCAUCCGGCUGCUCAAAUACCAACCGCAGCCGGCCUCAGAGCAACUUCUUAUCCCGCACGCGGCGCACACGGACAUGGGGUCGCUGACAUUCCUCUUCACGCGCCAACCGGGGCUGCAGAUCCAAUGUCCCGGGGAAGGAGAAGAGAAAGGGGACUGGGAAUGGGUGCGACCACCACCCGAUUGCCACGCCAUUGUCAACCUGGGCGAUAGUCUCUCGCUGCUAACGAACGGGAUGUUGCGAUCUUGUGUGCAUCGUGUCGGGCAGUUACCGAACCGGGCUAUGCCGACGCGGUAUUCCUUUGCGUAUAUGGUGCGGCCGGCGGAUGGCACAGUCAUGUGUGCACCGCAGACGGGGCAGAUUCCGGCGGCAGAGCCCGGGGCGCCUGUUUUGACGUGCGAGGAGUGGAUGGAGCGGAAGUAUUCGGUUUUGAGGUUGGAGGAGAGGCCGCAGGGGUUGGAGUGGAUGAUGACUGGGCAGCACAACAGCGGGGCAGCCUAG